CACACUAUGUGGCGGGAUAGGCCUGACAAAACUGUGUCAUUUGACCGGGCAAGAAAAGUGAACAGUCCUUUUCAUGUGUUAAUAAAUCAACAUGGAAAAUGAAAGCGACAGUGAGAGUAAAAAGGAGCCCAUUGGCGCCUUACCAAGGUCUUUCUCGAACAGGGGACCGAACAAAAGGAAGGUAAAACCUACAAUUGAAGCACAGCUAAUUCAGUUUCAAACAAUGUUUAGUGAUAGCGAAGACGAUGAAGAUUUUGUCGCCAGCUCUGAUGAAGAUGAUGACGAUUUGUCGGAUCAUUCUGGAGAUGAAGCUAACAAAAGAGAUAAGAGCUCCUCGGACCUGGAAGAAAAUGCUUCGAAGGAUGAUGAAAAUUUUGCGGAAAAUGAAGACGAAAGUGAAUCGGAAGAAUCUGUCGGGGAUGAACAUGACGAGAAUGACAUGACUAUAUCAGAUUCACUAAACACAUUUCAAGAGGCUGACACUGCUAGCAAAGAACCCUCGAAGCCUAAAAAGUCUAACCUCCCAGUUUGUGGAAUCUGCUUGGAGAAUGAAAGCACAGAAGAAGAUGAACUUGUAGAAUGUGACUGGUGUGGGAUUACAGUACAUGAAGGUUGCUAUGGUGAUGCAAAUGAUGAUGAAUCUGAUGACAAAAGUGACUCUGACACUGAUACAGAGCCAUGGUUUUGUGAUGCCUGCAAAGCAAAAUGUAGCAGACACUGUGAGCUUUGCCCUGUAGAAGGAGGAAUUUUAAAGCAGGCAGAUACUGGGCAGUGGGUUCAUCUUAUUUGUGCUCUCUAUGUGCCAGGUGUCGGAUUUAGAGAUGUUGAUAGGCUGCAGACAGUUGUUCUUGAUGAUAUUUCAGCAAACCGUUGGUCUGCAAGAGAGUGCUCAUUGUGUGAAGACAAAAGAUUUAGCAAAACUGGGAUAUGUAUUCAGUGUGAUGCUGGUCUUUGUAAAACAUUCUUCCAUGUUUCAUGUGCUCAAAAACAUGGACUGCUCACAGAAGCUCCAGCAGCUGGACAUUUGAAUGAUGAUGAUGCGGAUCCUUUGUAUGCCCAUUGCAGAAUGCAUACUGACAAAACUGUUAUGAGACAUAGAAUUAGCCACUGGAAUUCUUUUGAGACACAUAUAAAAGAUUUUAACCGCAGUUGUGAUCCAGAUGACAAAUUUAGAAUUGAAAGUGCUUUUAAAAGAGCUCAGGAAGAAUACUUAGAAUUCAGAAGAAACCUUACACCAGCUACACUUCAAACAGUUGAUACUCCCAGGCUAUUGACAUCAUGCUCGGAGAUUUCUAAGUUUCUUUUGAAAAAGGCAGAGUUAAGAGGAUUUUCAACAACGUCAGAAGAAAUAGCUUUGCCAUAUUCUGGUAACAGCGCAAGACCAUCACUAUCAAAUGAUUUUGUAAACCAUUUCUUAAAACGAGAGACCCUUGUUUCCCAGUACCAGUCAAAAGAAGUGCCUUUUAGACAAAUUAUUGAAAACAAAAAAGAGGAACAAAGAAUGUUACAGAAUUUGCUUGAAAAUUUAAAGGUAGAUCUUGAAAAAUGCAAAGCAACAAAGAACAACUUGUUCGUAAGUUGUACCCUGAUACAUAGUGCUUUGGAAAAAAUUUCUGGUAGAAAGGUGCCACUACCAAAUGUACUUAAACCAAAGAAAAAGCAAAGAAAAGUAUCAGAUACUGUUAUUGAGUCUGUGAUCAAGGCAUGUGCAACAUGUAAUGGAACUCAUGAUCAACAUUUGUUGGCACUUUGUGACACAUGUAACAACUACUACCACAUUGGAUGUCUUGAUCCACCACUCACAGCUUUACCAAAGAAAGGUCCGAAGUGGAUAUGGCAAUGCACAGAAUGUGACAAAAGUGAUAGUGAAGUGUCAAUUGAUGAUGAAGGCCCAUCUUCAAGGAAAAGAAAACGGAAAAGCAAUGCCCCUAAGAAGUUUACACCUGUAGAAGAAAAAGCCAAGAAAAGAAAGCAAAAUGGUAAUUAUCAAGGAAAAGGCAAAGGGCCCAAAAGAGCUGUAAAGAUGAAUGAAUGAUAAGAGCUUGUUAAGUGAUGAAAAUGUUGGAGAAAAUAUAGUGGUUGUCAAAGUCCCUGAACGGAAAGGAAGGAAAAAGAAAGUAGCUGAAAACCUAGAUCCAUGCUAUGUAUGUUCAAAGGAUGGUGAUUCAAAAAAUAC